AUGAACUUCCUGCGUCUCCCGAGCAUGCUCACUGCAAUCAUCCUUUCCCUGUGGGAGACGUCCGGCUGCGGGGCAAUGACGCUGAACUCUGUGGCGCUCCUUCAGGUGUCAGGAAGAACACGAGGAGGAGGAGCGGGUGUCUACUCCACCCAGAGCAGGAGGAGGAGAAGCUGGGUGUGGAACCAGUUCUUCGUCCUGGAGGAGUACACGGGAGACGAGCCGCUCUACAUCGGAAAGCUCCACUCUGACCUGGAUAAAGGUGACGGACAGGUGAGGUACGUCCUGAGCGGCGAAGGAGCAAUGUCCAUCUUCUCCAUUGAUGAGGACACCGGAGACAUACACACCACCAAAAGCUUGGAUCGGGAACAGCAGGCGUACUACACACUGAGAGCUCAGGCUCGAGACCGAAACACCAACCUGCCGCUCGAACCCGAGUCCCAGUUCAUCAUCAAGGUCCAGGACAUCAACGACAACGAGCCCAAGUUCCUGGAUGGACCGUACGUGGCCCGGGUGGCUGAGAGGUCCCCUGCAGGUACGUCUGUGUUGACCGUGGUGGCGACAGACGCCGAUGAUCCAACCUAUGGAAACUCCGCCCACCUGGUUUACAGCAUCCUGCAGGGGCAGCCAUAUUUCUCUGUGGAGCCAAAGUCAGGUGUGGUGCGUACAGCCCUGCCCGACAUGGACCGGGAGCUGCGGGAUCAUUAUCUGCUGGUCAUCCAGGCCAAAGACAUGAUUGGUCAGAUGGGAGGUCUGUCAGGAACCACAACGGUCACUGUGAUGCUGACUGAUGUCAACGACAACCCACCUCGCUUCCCCCGCAAGAGUUACCAGUUCAGCGUCCCAGAAUCCACACUGGUGUCAGCGGUGGUCGCGAAGAUCAAAGCUCUGGAUGCGGACGCGGGUCCAAACGCUGAGAUGGACUACAGGAUCCUGGACGGGGAUGGACUGGGAACCUUCCGGAUGCUCACGGACCCCCACACACAGGAAGGACUGGUCAUCCUGAUCAAGACUCUGGACUUUGAGACCAAGACCAGCUACACUUUACGCGUCGAGGCAUCCAAUCGCUACAUGGACACCCGCUUUCUGUCAGCCGGGCCGUUCAGCGACGUGGCGACAGUUCGGCUGCAGGUGGAGGACGUGAACGAGCCUCCGUAUUUUUCCCCCCGCGUCAGCCAGAUGGCGGUUUCAGAGGCAGCGCCGGUGGGAACUGAGGUGGGAUCGGUUUCAGCUCACGACCCCGACGCCUCAAAUUGUCCCAUCAGGUACGCCAUCGACAGGAAGUCGGACGUGGAGAACUACUUUGACAUUGACAGACAAUCAGGCGUGAUCCGGACGAGCAGACGUCUGGACAGAGAGCUGAGCGCUCUGCACAACAUCACUGUGCUCGCCACAGAGAGCUGUAAGUCACAUGACAUCCUGGAUCACUCUCAGGUGGGCAAAGCCGUGGUUCUGGUCUCUGUGACAGACGUCAAUGACAACGCUCCGAGCUUUCCUGUCGAGUACCAGACAUUCAUCUGUGAGGACGCCCAGCCGGGACAGAUCAUUGUGACGCUGAGCGCCGUGGAUUUGGAUGAAGCCAAGAAUGGACAUCACUUCCUGUUUUCUUUGGCUGCCAAGGAAGAUGAAAACUUCCACAUCCAGGGUGUCGCUAUGGUAACAGGGGCCAUCAGACGCAGAAGGAAGGAGCCUCUGAUUGUUGACGAUGAGCGAGAUGUUCGUGAGAAUAUUGUUUGUUAUGACGAUGAGGGCGGUGGCGAGGAGGACACCGAGGCCUUCGACAUGUUCACGCUGAGACACCUGAACGAGACCAAGCGGAGCUACCGUGCCACCGCCGCUGAGCCCCCGCCAUCCAGGGAAGACAAACACCAACUGUUCCAGGAGUUCAUCAUGGACCGCCUCCGGGAGGCCAGCCUGGACAUGACGGCGCCACCCUUUGACUCUGUGCAGACGUACGCUUUGGAGGGCAGCGGGUCGGCUGCUGUGUCGCUGAGCUCGUUUAGCUCGUUAACCUCGCUGGAGUCGGAGCAGAGCUACCACUUCCUGAGCGAGUGGGGGCCAAAGUUUCGGAAGCUUGCAGAACUCUACAAAGACCGCGAGGGAGGUGGUGCCUCAUAG